CCGCCUUUUGCAUUCUUGAGGCGGAGAUCCCUGGCCCUUUUUGUCUGCAUUUGAAACCCCCCAUCGCUAGUUAGCCCCCAAUCACUCCAGCUUUACCGCAACUGCGUCAUCGCAGAUACCUUUCCCCAGGUGUUGUGCGACCAGGUAGUUCUGCUUUCUGGGCUGGAUCUAUCUCUAUGAUCUUUUUUACGGCCUCGAAAUUGUCGACUUCGUCUGUUUACCGUCUAGCCCCUAGAGCGCAUUCGUUUCUACAGCUGCGUGCCCAUGGUGGUGCGGGAGCAGCGCUCUCAAUAUGGCCGCCUUCGUGCGAGUGUCUGGCCCGCCGAAUGGCAAUUUUCUGAUCGGGUACCCAGGUAUCUCUGCGACGAUGCCUCGUAUUGAAGGUAAAGUCGAGAUCAGGCCCGGCGUCGGCAUCACAGCUCCUGUCAACGUAUCCCUCGUUACCAUAUCCCUCCAUCGUCGCGAAACAAUACAUCCCUCGGCGGAUUCGCUCACCAAGAAACGUCUCGCCCCGCCCCGUAAAGAGAUUACCGAUAUUGUGGGCAAGGAGAUGCUCCUGUUCCGCUGCCCGGCCGGCCGUGAAUAUGAGGAGGUGAUAUCAAUGGAUCUGCCCUUUGUGCUAUUUAUUCCUUUUGGGCGUGGUGGUCCGGACGCCUCCCGGCGAGUCCCAGCGGCCAGCUUGCAGUUGCCUAGUCGCACCGCGGAGACGUAUUAUGAGAUGGUGGUUAUGGUUCAACAAGGGCAGUCAGACCAGAGAAAAUAUUCAUUUCCCGUGCCUCUAGCACGAUACGACACGCUUUCUACAUUCGGCAUGUACAAUCGCCCAGAGUCUGCCGAGCGAGUAUCAGAUCACCUAGUGACACUGGGGAUAUCGUUGCCGCGGUGGUCUUACGGUCCGCUCGACCCUGUGAGUGUCUACGUUAAACUCUCCCCGAACGCCCACUGGAUAAGUAAAGCCAGGAAGGUUACAAUCAACAAGAUCACCAUUGGAAUCGACGAAGAGAUCAUAUAUAACCAUGAGGGGGACGAACCACAACGCAAGUCGAAGACAUUGACAAAGAGGACCGAGACCAUUGGGGUGAAACUGCCUCCGACAGGCUUCUUAACAAACCUGGGCCUAGUAUUUCCGGCAAAGGACAUGAGAGACAGUGACGGCAUUCUACCUCGGGGGAAAGCCCCUUUUCCAACUUACGCUGUGACGGGGUUCACAACUACAUCCAGUCUCUACAAAAUAGAGUACUAUUUGACGGUGAAGGCACAUUUGACUUCCGCCAGAGACAUUGUCAUUCGACAGCCGAUUGUGGUCUGCCCUCUCGAUCAUGCCGGGUGUAAGGAGGAAAUGGAAGCCAUCGAGCAGGCCGCACGCGAGGCCGUCCAUGUGAAUCCCGACAACCCUAUGCUACCUUUACCUUCGAUAGUACGACCGUCCGAUCCUCAUGCCCUGAGUCAUCUCGGGGUUGCCAUUGUGGGCAACCAGAAGAAGCCUUUGAUCGAUUAAUCCUAUAUGGAGACUCGACUCGAUUUUUAUCCGGUGCAGAGCACCAACCCUGCACCUGUCAUUGGAAUAAUGGACGGCUCACCAUUUCCCCGUCGCAGCUGUGGGGUCUAAACCUCUAUUAUAUCGACAGCUAGCCGCACGCGGGCCUGAUAUAUCAGCCUGCAAGAAUACGAGCGAGCUGCGAAAUCACUUUGCGCCUCAAAAUCAUAUGGUGCUCCAGCUCGCCAUAGAGCAGAGCUGCUAUCACGUCUUACGAUUGCAUGGGCCAUGGAGUUUCUUUUUAGCGU